AAAAAAGGUUUCAGAUUCUCGUGAGUUUUGUUUUUUUUCUUCUGAAGAUAUCCCACCUUGUGUAUAUAAUACUAUUAAUAAGUAUAAAUAUGAGCACACUCUUCUUUUCACCGUCUCCAACACGAAAAAGAUAUAAAAGGCAGUUCCUUUUUUUCUGCAGAUUCCACUUGAUGAUAUUCACCAUGUUUGCUUAAUGAUUUCUUCUUUUGCAGCUUUUUUCUUUCUUUAUCUUCUCAUUUAAGCAAUUAGUGGGUUUCGUAGAGUUUUAUCACUGAGUGAAAAAAUGAGGAGAGUUUUAAUGGUGAAUUUUGGGGUUUUACUUCUGUUCUGUUUUGGGGUUUUGUCGAAUUCAUUUGGACAAGAUAAUGGUGGUGAUUCUGAUAUAAACUCUACUACGGCUGUUUACAUUGUUACCCUGAGACAAGCUUCUUCUCUUCACCUUUUCCAACAAGAAGCAGAAGAAGUGAAAAGGGUCAGAGAUCAAUCCAAACAUGGAGACACUUCCAAGUUUACUAGACCAAAACUCCAACCAAGGAACAUUUCAAGGUCACGUUAUUGGAGAUCAAGAAGAUCAGCAAUUGCUCAAGCUCAUGACUCUUUGCUAAGAAAUGCAUUGAAGGGAGAGAAGUAUAUAAAGCUCUAUAGCUUCCAUUAUCUCAUCAAUGGUUUUGCUGUGUUUGUUAGCUCACAACAGGCUGAGACUCUUUCAAGAAGAAGGGAAGUAGCAAACAUAGUGUUGGAUUUUUCUGUUAGGACGGCAACAACUUAUACACCUCAAUUCAUGGGUUUACCAAAAGGUGCAUGGGUUAAAGAAGGUGGAUAUGAAACUGCUGGAGAAGGAAUUGUUAUCGGGUUUAUCGACACUGGCAUUGAUCCAACUCACCCUAGUUUCAAUGGCACUGACACUUCCCAGCGUCAGUAUCCGAUCCCUAAUCAUUUCUCAGGUGUUUGUGAAGUUACUCCGGAUUUUCCAUCAGGCUCCUGUAAUAGGAAGCUUGUUGGAGCUCGCCAUUUCGCGCAGUCAGCUAUUACUAGAGGGAUUUUCAAUUCAUCUGAAGACUAUGCUUCACCUUUUGACGGCGAUGGCCAUGGCACGCACACAGCUUCCAUCGCAGCGGGUAACCAUGGUGUCUCAGCAGUAGUUUCUGGCCAUAACUUUGGAAGUGCUAGUGGAAUCGCUCCUCGUGCGCAUAUUUCUGUUUACAAGGCAUUGUAUAAGAGUUUUGGGGGAUUUGCUGCAGAUGUUGUUGCUGCUAUAGACCAGGCAGCUCAAGAUGGAGUUGACAUAUUAAGUCUAUCCAUCACACCUAAUCGACGUCCUCCCGGUGUAGCCACGUUCUUUAACCCGUUAGAUAUGGCCAUGCUUUCCGCUGUUAAGGCCGGUAUAUUCGUUGUACAAGCUGCAGGAAACACAGGUCCUUCUCCUAAGAGCAUGUCCUCCUUCAGUCCAUGGAUUUUCACUGUUGGUGCUGCUUCUCACGAUCGAGACUACUCUAACUCGAUAGUCCUAGGCAACAAUGUAUCUAUUCCAGGCGUAGGACUUGCACUUCGUACAGAUGAAGGCAAGAAGUACACAAUGAUCUCUGCUCUUGAUGCGUUGAAGAACAAAAGUUCAGUAGUAGACAAAGACAUGUAUGUAGGUGAAUGCCAAGACUAUGGCAGCUUCGAUAAAGAUGUUAUCCGUGGGAAUCUACUGAUAUGUAGCUACUCUAUCCGUUUCGUCCUCGGGCUUUCCACUAUUAAACAAGCUUUAGCUGUUGCCAAGAAUCUAUCUGCAAAGGGUGUUGUGUUCUACAUGGACCCUUAUGUUCUUGGUUUUCAGAUUAAUCCUACACCGAUGGACAUGCCCGGGAUCAUAAUUCCAUCCGCAGAAGAUUCCAAGGUUUUACUCAAGUACUAUAACUCUUCUCUUGUAAGAGAUGGAACAACCAAGGAGAUUGUUAGAUUUGGAGCAGUUGCAGCCAUUGCAGGUGGACAAAAUGCUAACUUCAGUAACAGAGCUCCUAAGAUUAUGUACUACUCAGCAAGAGGACCUGAUCCACAAGACAGCCUUUUUAACGACGCCGACAUUUUGAAACCAAAUCUUGUAGCUCCUGGAAAUUCCAUUUGGGGCGCUUGGAGUUCCGCUGCCACUGAAUCCACUGAGUUUGAAGGAGAAAGUUUUGCGAUGAUGUCUGGUACGAGUAUGGCUGCUCCUCAUGUAGCUGGUGUGGCUGCAUUGGUCAAGCAGAAAUUCAGAAAGUUUAGUCCUUCAGCUAUUGCAUCUGCACUUUCAACAACCUCUGUUCUAUUUGACAAUAAAGGCGAGGCGAUAAUGGCUCAACGUGCUUAUGCUAAUCCUGAUCAAACCAUAUCUCCUGCUACCCCAUUUGAUAUGGGGAAUGGCUUUGUGAAUGCAACCGCAGCUUUGGAUCCUGGCCUAAUCUUUGAUACUAGUUUUGAAGACUAUAUGUCAUUUCUUUGUGGCAUCAAUGGAUCAGCUCCAGUGGUAUUCAACUACACCGGCACAAAUUGCUUGCGGAACAAUGCAACAAUCAGCGGAUCUGACCUUAAUUUGCCAUCCAUCACUGUAUCGAAGCUUAACAACACUCGAACGGUCCAAAGACUAAUGACAAACAUUGCUGGAAAUGAGACCUAUACUGUCAGUUUGAUUACUCCUUUUGAUGUUUUGAUAAAUGUAUCUCCUACUCAAUUCUCUAUAGCCAGUGGAGAGACAAAGCUACUUAGUGUAAUCCUCACAGCAAAGAGGAACAGCUCUAUUUCUAGUUUUGGAGGGAUCAAGCUGCUAGGAAACGCGGGACACAUUGUUCGUAUUCCGGUGUCUGUCACAGUGAAAAUCGCCUCGAAACAAUGAAGCUGGUAAUAUAUACACAGAGCUUGGUAGAUAAGAGAAACUGUAUUCAUUUCAUUUUUCCAUGUAAAUGUCACAUAGCAUUUAUAAUACAUGGUACAUUUUAUUUGAUACAAUAUGUAAAACUAGAGGAAAGAUUCCACAGUCAUUAAAACACAAUAAGGUUCUAGUAGAAAACAUAUUGAUUCAUUACGCAUUGCCUCCAUCUCUGUUUCCUUUGCUUGGCGCAGAAGGCACCUUCUCGGUUUCCUCUUCCUCAGCAGCAGCAGCUCCAGAAGACGGUGUUGAAGUUACAGGAACGGAAGGAUUCGUAGGUGUACCCAUUGGGAAAGGAGCAUACUUGUGGAAAGGCCAUCCCUGGAAUGGUAGUCUAUACCUGAAAAAACCGGCUAUUGCAGACUUUGUUGCAGGCUCAUCAAUAUGUGUCAUGGAGGAUGAUGAAUCAACCUUCGGGAAUUCAGAAAAAAGCAUUGCCGGAGAAUGAACAUGUUCUUUCCCAUGCUUCUUCCCUAUUGCUGCUGAUGCUGCUGCGAGUUUCGGGCUGCGAGAGCAGAGCACAAGUGGGGAACUGACGAAUGUGAGAAAGAUUAGACAGAGAUAAACUCUUGAAAUUGACAUUGUAGCUGAUUUUGGAGUGUUUAACAAGAGAUGGUUCUUCUUUUUGUUUUGAAGUUGUUUGUUUGUUCGAUGAUGUUUGGAGUCAAAUGGUGUUGUAAUUUAUAGAGUGGAGAUUGUAGAGUUUGGAGAAUGUGUAGGAGAUUCAACGUUGGAUUUCUACUUCUUACCUAAAAUCAUAGUUUCAGAAUCAUGCUUAUUGUCAUGAGCUUGACUUGUGAAGAUGAACCAGAAC